GUCCGGGACUGGGCGGAGCGGUGGGGCGGGGCUGGCGGGGGCGGGACCCCGGGGUCCCUGAAAGGCGAGCGCCGGCCGCACCCACCCAGAAGGCCUCCAGCCCCGACGCCGCCGCGAUGCCCAAGUGCCCCAAAUGCAACAAGGAGGUGUACUUUGCCGAGCGGGUGACCUCGCUCGGCAAGGACUGGCACCGGCCUUGCCUGAAGUGUGAGAAAUGUGGGAAGACGCUGACCUCAGGUGGCCAUGCAGAGCAUGAAGGCAAGCCCUACUGCAACCACCCCUGCUAUGCCGCCAUGUUCGGGCCCAAGGGCUUUGGGCGAGGUGGUGCUGAGAGUCACACGUUCAAGUAAACCCAGGUUAUGGAGCCCCAGCCCCUGGCCACCUUGGGGCACAGCCCCUCUGGGUCAGCGCCAGGUCUGACCCCUGACACCUGGGGCCCACAUGGCCCCUCUUCUUUACAAUAAAGCCUGACACUCGGAA